CAAAGAAGCAGGAGAGCUGAGAGAAUCAAGGACCCAGACAAGCAGCAAACAAAAUGUGUUCUGCAUCUCUCAUUGUGUUCUGGCUGGUGAGCACUCUUGCUAAUGCUGAGAACUCUUGUCCAGAAGUGAAGGUUGUGGAAGCCGGAGACACAGGAAGGAUAACAAUGGUCAGAGGAUGUCCGGGGAUUCCAGGAUGUCCUGGUCAAAAAGGAGAAUCUGGAGAAAAAGGAAAACGAGGUUCGGUGGGAGUUUCUGGGAAAGCAGGACCACCAGGAGAGAAAGGAGAACAAGGUUCGGUGGGAGUUUCUGGGAAAGCAGGACCACCAGGAGAGAAAGUUGCGAGGAACUGUAAGGAGCUGUUGGAUCAGGGAGAGGUCCUAAGUGACUGGUACACAAUAUACCCAGAUGGCAAGCAACCCCUGAAGGUGCUGUGUGAUAUGCACACCGACGGAGGAGGCUGGAUUGUGUUUCAGCGGCGUUGGGACGGUUCUGUUGACUUCUUCCGUGAUUGGAAAUCAUACAAGACAGGAUUCGGCAGCCGUCUGAAUGAGUUCUGGUUGGGAAACGAUAAUAUUCACAAGAUAACGUCAACAGGCACAUGGGAACUGCGUAUAGACCUCCAGGACUUUGAGAACACAAAACACUUUGCCAAAUACACAUCCUUUAAACUUAUGGGAGAGGCUGAGAAGUACAAGUUGUUGAUUGGAGCCUUCAAUGGGGGUAUUAGUAAUGCAGGAGACUCCCUCUCGAUUCACAGCAGCCAACGGUUCAGCACCAAGGACCAAGAUAAUGAUGGAUCCUCAAGCAAUUGUGCGAAACUGUAUAAGGGAGGGUGGUGGUAUAACAACUGCGUUACUUCAAACCUAAACGGAUUUUACUAUCUGGGAACACACAAAACUCCCUAUGAAGGUAUUAACUGGGACACUGGAAAAGGGCGCCUUUACUCCUACAAAGUUUCUGAAAUGAAGAUAAGACCUAUGUAAAAGUAGCAGAGGGUGUUAUCAAGCAAAUAAAAAUAUCUAACUCUAACAUGUGAAUGAUAUAUGCACAAAUAUCAAACCUCAAUAGUCCACAAAUACAAGUGUGGCUCCCAUCAGCCACUAGCAUUGAAUACUGCAGUAUGCAACAAGCACUUCAUUCCUGAUUCAAUAUGCAUUUAAACAACUUCUAGCUAAAGGGAUUUAAAGGUCCCUAUCAAACCAAACCAAGCACUGAAUGUGAGAAGAAUAAAAAAGUGCUUAAAUAAAUGAAAAGUUGUCUCGUACUUUUUUUUUUUAAAGCACCAAAGGCAUUGCUGCCUCUGUAACUUUCCACUGCCCUCCGGUUGUGCACGUCUAUGCACUAUUCCUGUUUGGGCUCUUGAUUGACUGCAUUAAUAAACACAACUGUUUACAUUGUUUUGUUAUUCUAGAGAACUUCUCAGUUUUUAUUUUCAGUGUAAAAUAGUGUAAUAUAUUUCAUUACUGUGCUUUCAUUAGAAUAAGUAUAAUGUUUCUAAUGUCCUUUUAAAUAUAGAACCUUAAAGGGACAGUAUAUUGCAAAAUGUACUUCAACAACUGUUUUCCAAAUGACUUGUUAUACCAGCUGCUGGAGCAUUGAGGGCUCCAUGUACAAAGCCGUCAACUAUGUUAAAAACCGCAUUUUUAAAAUUGCGAGCGUAAUUAUCCGCCAAACCUCGCUACCUCUCCAUUUUUCACUGUAAAUAGACAAAUUUGACCACCAACUCACAAUCAACUAAUCUACUAAAAAAUCUUUUCAUGCUCUCGCUACAUUUUCCGCUCCCACCUCGUUAUUUUUGCCUUGCCACCUUUUAGGUGGCGGGCAAGGUACAAAACAAUAGGAAAGUCAAUGUAGACGCCAGUCUAGACAUAUAUAAAAGGCAGUAAUAUCAUCAUUGUACUUACAUUGUUGAUUUCAGCAGCUAUGGAGACACUUCUCUAUGUGUUUCUUCUCCGUGUGAUGCAAAUCCGGUCUAGAAGACAGAAUACUGGAAUAAAUGUCACAAAUCGAUUAGUUAGGAGCGUUCGUGUCCCCCGUGUAUUCCUUCCACGGGUUGGUUUGCAUGGUCUUUCUGACCGAGAGAUCAUACAAAGAUUCCGGCUUGAUCGUGAAUCCAUAUUACACCUAUAUUGAGAGAUAGAAGAUUAUUUGGAGCCGAUGACGGUGCGUUCACGAGCUAUUCCGGGACUAUUAAAACUAUUAGCUGCAUUGCAUUUUAUGCAACAGGCUCCUUUCAGGCGGUUUCAAGCGUCAUUAUUGGAAUAACUCAAUCACCAUUUUCACAUCACUUAACAAAAAUCAUAGAGGCUAUGAUGAUUAUUUUUCCUCGCUAUGUAAUAAAUAUUAAAAAAAUAACGCACUGUAUGAACUGAUAAAAAAUUUUGAACAAUAAUAAAGUUGUUUAGAAAAGUUGCACUUUUAUAGUAGACAAAUUCUGUUCCCGCGACUACUACGACGUUUCUGACACCUUGCAUGUCACGUGUUAAUAAUUGUCCAUACAAUUCUACUGACAUUUAAGUACAUUAGCUUAGUCGCGGCGUCCGAGGCGUCAAAUUUAUCAAUAAUCCGCCACUGCUUGCGGCGGGCUAGACAUCUCUAUUUGUGGGUUGAUUUUUAGUACAUAGUGACAGCGGACACCCUUUCGCCCGCGGCGAGUAACAGCGAGUUUAUCCGCGUCUACAAUGUCGGAUUAAUUGACGGCUUAGUACAUGGAUCCUUAAAUGUUUGUAAGAUAGUUCCUUCAUGUUUAUUUUUUAGAUUUGAAAUAGCUGGUUUUGCGGAUGUAAAAUCUAUCACCUAUUGUUCAAGCACUUGCCCAUUAAAAUGGGUUAACACUGCAGAAAUAGCAGACCUUAUCAUGUUCUCUCUAUCUAUACACAAAGCCAAAUAGGUAUUUAAAUGUUAAUUAUGGCUGGGGGAGAUUAAUAAGUAAAACCAGUUACUUCAGAUACAAAAACAUCUCUCUCCCAUCACCCACUGGUAAGUUAAUUUAUGUUGCUAUCUCCUGUUUGCGUACCUUUUCUACAGAGAAUAUGACAAUAUUUAUGUUUUCAGAAUAGGUUGAAUUUUCAUUAGAUAAAAACAGCAAUUUCAAAUAACAAAAUGAAGGUAAAGGAGCAGUUUGCAAACAUUUUUAUAAACCCCAAUGUAUCAUAGAGAACAAAUUAAAAGGGAAAACAUUUGACAGUAUAAUGUCCCAUUACAUAUUUCAGGCUCCCUUUGCAUAUUAAUACUUUAUUGAUAUUAGUCUUGCGGAUAUUACUUAUUAGAUAUUCUCUUUACAGUUCUACUAAUACAAUAAUAUAAACUGUUCAAAGUAGUAAUUUAAGAUUGCCAAAAAAUAUGAAAAAUCUCAUAUCUGAGCUGAUGUAUUAAUUUACUGUUUCAUGAGUUGCACACAAUGUAUUUUCCAUACUGUGUCACAUUUUACAACUGUUUACCGGAUAUUUAGAAAACUUUAUGCAGCUGUUAAUCUGUUACUGAGAUCAGGAGUUGUAAGAGCAACAAAGGACAAAUAAAAGCUUCCUUCCCUGACAACAACCUAUUGAUACACAGGGCUUCCAUGACAACAACCUAUUGAUGCACAGGGCUUCCAUGACAACAACCUAUUGAUACACAGGGCUUCCAUGACAACAACCUAUUGAUACACAGGGCUUCCAUGACAACAACCUAUUGAUACACAGGGCUUCCAUGACAACAACCUAUUGAUACACAGGGCUUCCAUGACAACAACCUAUUGAUACACAGGGCUUCCCUGACAACAACCUAUUGAUACACAGGGCUUCCCUGACAACAACCUAUUGAUACACAGGGCUUCCAUGACAACCUAUUGAUACACAGGGCUUCCCUGACAACAACCUAUUGAUACACAGGGCUUCCAUGACAACAACCUAUUGAUACACAGGGCUUCCAUGACAACAACCUAUUGAUACACAGGGCUUCCAUGACAACAACCUAUUGAUACACAGGGCUUUGCUAACAAAUCUAUAAAAAAAACAUUGUCUUGAGUUUGGUACAAAGUUUUAUUAAAUGUUCUUUGCCUACUAAACAUAUAAAGUACAUUAGGUGCUGUCAAAGGUUCAGAGAAUAAAACGUGUUGAAAGCUAUAA